UCUCCCUUCGUUUUUGUGGAGAGGAGAACACACCGCUCCUCUUUCUCUCUCUCUUUCUUUUCUCUCUCCCUACAAUUUUCUGUAACACUUUCUCUCUCUAGAACCAAACCGAAGCUCUGUGUUUGUGGAGGAAACUAAACUGUUGUUUGCUGUUUGGUAACUGUGUUUUUUUUUGGUCUGGUUGGGAAUUCGGUUAGGUUAGAGAUUAGUGUUUGAUCGGAGGGGCGGAAUUGGCUAGAGUGACAGGUAGGUGGUGGGUGAGGGGAAGUGAGUGAGUGAGUGAAUGAAUGAAUGAAAUGGGAAUUCUGGUGAGACUGGCUCGGUGACUCACUGACUCAACUCACUCACAGAGACACACAGAGCCGAAAUCAUCAUCAUGGACUUCGAUGCCGGAAUUCCCAUGUCCCGUGCUUCUGCCGCCCCGCCGGUGACCGACGACGCUCCCUCACUGUCACCCUCCUUGACACAAGAUGCAAUGUGGCAAAUGAAUAUGAGAUCGAGUGAAACAAUGGAACCUGGACCAUAUCCUGAGCGACCAGGAGAGCCAGAUUGUUCUUACUACAUCAGAACAGGUCUCUGUAGAUUUGGGGCUACAUGUCGCUUCAAUCAUCCUCCUAACCGAAAGCUGGCUAUUGCCACCGCAAGAAUGAAGGGGGAGUUCCCAGAAAGAAUUGGUCAACCUGAAUGUCAGUACUACCUGAAGACAGGAACUUGCAAGUUUGGAGCGACCUGCAAGUUUCAUCAUCCUAGAGACAAGGCAGGAAUUGCUGGAAGAGUUGCCUUAAAUAUCUUAGGCUAUCCACUUCGACCGAAUGAGAUUGAAUGUGCUUAUUAUUUACGAACUGGACAAUGCAAGUUUGCAAGCACUUGUAAAUUCCACCAUCCACAACCUACUAAUAUGAUGGUUUCAUUGGGAGGUUCUCCUGUAUAUCCUACUGUCCAAUCCUCAACUACACCUGGUCAACAGUCGUACCCGGGAGGAGUUACAAACUGGUCAAGAGCAUCUUUUAUUCCCAGUCCACGCUGGCAAGGUCCAUCAAGUUAUGCUCCUCUUAUUGUUCCUCAAGGAGUGGUAUCAGUCCCAGGAUGGAGCACAUACAGCGGCCAGGUUGGCUCCAUUACAACUUCAGAGGGGCAGCAGCAAACAGUAGGAAGCAGUCAAAUUUAUGGAACUUCACGCCAACGAGAACCAGAAAAUUCAGGAUCACAAGGGGCCUAUUCCCCAUACCGGUCCGGCUCUAUUCCUGUAGGGUUCUAUGCAUUGCAGAGGGAAAAUGUAUUUCCUGAGAGACCUGGUCAACCAGAGUGCCAGUUCUACAUGAAGACAGGUGACUGUAAGUUUGGUGCAGUAUGUAGGUUCCAUCAUCCUAGGGAGCGACUAAUUCCUGCUCCAGAUUGUGUUUUAAGUCCAAUAGGCCUUCCUUUGCGACCGGGAGAACCUUUGUGCAUCUUUUAUUCUCGUUAUGGUAUCUGUAAGUUUGGUCCGAGUUGCAAGUUUGACCACCCUAUGGGUAUCUUCACUUACAACCUUGCUGCAUCAUCUUCGGCUGAAAGCCCUGUGCGCCGGUUGUUGGGGUCAUCAUCGGCCACCACCUCAUUAAAUUUAUCAUCAGAAGGUCUAGUUGAAGCAGGAUCAACAAAGCCUAGGAGACUUUCAAUAUCAGAGCCUAGGCAGAUGCCUUCUGCAGCAGAUGAAAUUAUUGACACAGAGGAAUGAAAGCUGCUCAAGAACAAAAUGAGCUGAUCUAAAUUUAACAGUCAUUGGGGGAUGAUAAACAAGAGUUUAUCUGUAAAUUGAUUUCCAAUUUCAGGGAGGUUUACAGAAACCAUGUCAUGUUUAUUAUGUCCUGAUAAUGAAUUCAGCUGACAGAAUCAACCUACUUCUGAAAUUCACAUUGAUGCUUUGCAUUGUAUAAAAAUCUGCAAAUAUUAUCACUGUAA